UGCAUGCUUUGAGUACCGGACGAGCUUGCCCGGACACACGUUUUUCCUUCCCUUUGGCUUUUUGACGGAAGCCUUGCAACAAAAGUUUUGACUUUGGCUCAUACAUCAGAAUUGAGAGACAAGCAACGGACCUUGAGUGCUGGUGCAUACUGCUGCAGGACCUUCCGUUUCCUUUCUUCUCUACGUAAAAAUAACACUGCGUAGCGAAUCUGCUUGGAGCGGGAAAGAUGAGCUCACUUAGCAAGUUUUGCGGAAGAAGCAUACCUUAGCCAUACACAGAACUCAAAAUGUCCUGUUUCCACCUUUGCUGGAAGGACCCCAGGGAGCGCGUGAAGGUUGGGCCCUUCAUCGAAUACGCUUCCGCAAGUGCCAAACGCAACGAUAAGGAACCGAGAGGGAUUAUUCCAUGGGUCCAUUCCAGAUCAUUCCACCACACCUACGAACUUCGUGAACUUUUGGGAUCUGGGAGCUUCGCCGUCGUCCACUCUGCGAUUACAAGAGAGCCUCCAUUUCAUUCCUAUGCUGUCAAGGUCAUUCAACGAAAGAAACUUCUGACUCACAAAGCUUUAUUGGCCUUCAAAGAUGAAGUACAGAUAAUGGCAACUCUACAGCAUGGCAACAUCAUUCAACUGCAUGAACUCUACAAGGAGCGCGACUUCUUCUUCGUGGUGUUGGAGAAACUUGAAGGUGGAGAACUCUUUGAUCGAUUAUGUGAACGAUCAACCUACACUGAGAAAAAUGCCCGAGAUGCCAUGCGCAUGAUCUUUGAAGCUGUCGCCUAUUGUCACUCUCAACAGGUUGCUCAUAGGGAUCUGAAGCCAGAGAACUGCCUUCUCAAAGACACCUCAGAAGACAGCCUCAUCAAGGUGGCAGAUUUCGGCUUUGCUAAGUUUGUUGAAAGACCCAACUCACUUAGGACUCUGCUUGGCUCACCUAGUUAUACUGCUCCUGAAAUCAUCAACUACAUCCCAUAUGAUGAAAGAGCGGACAAUUGGAGCCUGGGUGUGAUCCUAUUCACUGUAUUGGGUGGGUAUCCACCCUUUUAUCAUCCAACAAUCCAUGGUACCUUUCAGCAGAUCCGACAAGGUUCCUACUCAUUUCUGCCCGACUUUUGGACGGGCAUUUCUCCAGAUGCCAAGAAUCUCAUCAAGGGUCUCUUGACUCGUGACCCCAGGGAAAGAACGACAUCAGAACAAGCACUACAACAUCCCUGGAUGACAGGACGAGGUGAGUUGCUGGAACAGCGAUGCCUCUCAAACAAUCAAGAGCGAUUGCAGGACUACAAUUCGGAGCGCAAACGAGAACGUCGUGCGAAUGCAGUGAGAUCUGCGAGCAUGUAUUGGUUAGUCUCAAGGAGAUGACCGGACACAGGAAUAGGGAAUAGCUAGCUUUUAAUGAAGCCAAAGCCGCGCACUUGUAGUACAUGUAGAUGGACUAAUGAUGACCUCCAGAGGAGCAGCACACCGUUUGUUUGCUUGCCUGUGGUUGUUGGCAGCCGCAGUUUGGAAAGAGAGACUCUCGACCAGCGGUUUUAGCACGCCAUUGCCCACGUACCAUUUCUCCAAUAGUAUUAUCUCCUCGUUCUAGCCAGCGUGGCCAUGGCCCGUGGGUCAUCUCCGCGUCCUCUUGGGCUCUGCCCAGCCUUCGCCGCCUUUUGUGCUGCCCAAGAUUACACCCGAAGAAAAAUAGAUUGACAAGAAUUUGUGCUAAUAUCUACAAUCACGCCAAGCAACGUGUUUUUCUCUAGACUAACAUCGACACGCAGGAGGAAUGAAGUGGGAAGAAAGGAUGGGAAGCUCACAACGCCUGUGGCAUGCCCAAGCAUGACAGCGCCAAGGACUCGACUCGCAAAUAAUGCAUAUCAUUGUCUGCAGGCCAGAUGAGGGUGCCAAGUCCCAGCAUAAUUGCCGUGAAAAACAGCAGCGCGAACUGCGGCGGUUUACUUCCUGUUUCGUAGCGGUUGGCCCUUAGACCAGGCCCCUUCAUGACGGAGGCUUCCGUCUGGUCGAACUUCCCUCCCAUGGCCUUGCAUCUCGCCAUUCCACCACUCUCCUUCGUACCAACCACCAUCAGCCCAAGACAUUUUGCCGUGUCCAUGGA